UUAAAUAGGAAGCGAAGGAACCUGGCUUGGUGGAUUAUGAGGACGUGUUGCUGAGCGAAAACAGCUGCUUUCCGGCUUUUUAAUUCGGUUUUAUGCUCGCGUGAAAACAUGAAAGUCUCUUUAAAUGAAGGGCUGUCAGCUUAAGGGGACGUUGCUGUAAAUGAAUGCAUAUGUAACUGAAAAAUUCAAAACGGAUUGAAAAUGAUGUCAGAGUGCGACCCAUCAGAGACAGAAAGCAGCUUGCCAAUCCUGGACACAGGCGCAACAGUGGUACCUGAGCUGGAGCCAAACUUUAACUCCACUGACCAUUCAAAUGUAUUAUUUGACAAUAACCGAGUUGGACUGGGGCUUGCGACGAACCCCGGAGUUGCUGUCCGUAUUUCGGACUCACGUGAAAGCGUUUUGACCGAGCUGGAGACAGAGGGUUCCGGUGAAGAGGCACUGUUGUUACCGUGCUUAGCAGGAAGCGCUUCGUCUCCUAGAGGCGUCCGAGAGAAGCGAAGCAGGCGGAACAGACACAGCUCGUCGUCGGAUAAAGACACCUUAGCCUCACCAGGUGCAAACAGUGGAGACUUCAACCAUUUCCCUGAUGAUCCUGAGUUUGCAGAUUUUAUCCAAAAGGCAGAACAAGCUAUUGAGAGUGGCGUCUUUCCAGAGAGGAUUUCCCAGGGUUCCAGUGGGAGCUACUUUGUCAAAGACCUGAAAGGGAAAAUCAUUGGCGUAUUUAAACCAAAGUCAGAGGAACCUUAUGGUCACCUGAACCCAAAGUGGACCAAAUAUUUUCAUAAGCUCUGCUGUCCAUGCUGUUUUGGCCGAGGCUGCUUGUUGCCAAACCAGGGUUACCUGUCAGAGGCUGCCGCCUCUCUGGUUGAUAGUAAGCUUGGCCUCGGAGUCGUGCCGAAAACCAAGGUGGUGUAUUUGGCGAGUGAAACAUUCCACUAUAGUGCUAUUGACCGGGCAAAGUCCAGAGGGAAGAAAUAUGCUUUAGAGAAAGUUCCCAAGGUGGGACGACGCUUCCACAGAGUUGGCCUUCCCCCCAAGGUGGGCUCCUUUCAGCUCUUUGUGGAGGGUUACCGCGAAGCAGACUACUGGCUGCGGCGCUUUGAGGCUGAACCCCUGCCAGAGAACACCAGGAAGCAGCUGCAGUCACAGUUUGAGCGGCUGGUGGUGUUGGACUAUGUUAUCAGAAACACGGAUCGAGGGAAUGACAACUGGUUAAUCAAGUAUGAGAAGCCUGGAGAAGAAGGUGAAGAGCAGAAGGACGCAGAGUGGACAGAGAACAGCCUGGACUCCUGCAUCAAGAUAGCAGCAAUCGAUAAUGGCCUGGCCUUUCCCUUUAAACACCCAGAUGAGUGGAGAGCAUACCCAUUUCACUGGGCGUGGCUCCCUCAGGCUAAAGUGGCCUUCUCCCAGGAGACCAGAGAACUAGUACUGUCCCGCCUCUCUGAUAUGAACUUUGUCCAGGACCUCUGUGAGGACCUCUAUGAGAUGUUUAAGACGGAUAAAGGUUUUGACAAAACCAUGUUUGAGAGACAAAUGUCUGUGAUGAGAGGACAGGUGUUGAACUUGACCCAGGCAUUGAAGGACGGGAAGAGCCCCAUCCAGCUGGUGCAGAUGCCUCGGGUGGUGGUGGAGCGCAGCCGCUCAGGUGGCCAAGGACGAGUAGUCACACUUGGCAACGCAUUCACGCAAACUUUUCACUGCAAGAGGCCCUUCUUUUCUUCUUGGUAGUAAUACACGACAGCUGAGGGAAAGAAAGGAGGAAAUUCUGCAUUGUUCUUUUUUUUUUCAUUUGUCCUGGAAGGAUGAAAUAAGGGACGAGAGAGUUUAUCAUGCUGAAAAUGUUCAUUUCUGUCCUUGCUGAGGAAAAAAGGCAAACGGAUGAGUUGUGUCUCACAAUUAAGUUUAGGCUGGUUCCAUAUUUUGUGAAGAAGUGCAGCGAAGAGUGAGUGUUGGAGAUUAGCAUGCCACUGUCUCUUAUAAAGACCUCUGGGCUAUUUGGAGUUACCAUGGUGACAUGAUUGGAUAUUAGGUUUUGCCACAGGAAUGGGUGUUGUUUUUGUUUGUUUUUUUCUUAAACUACACUCAAGGUAUCUACUAUAUAUUAAUGCAGUGUCUCUUAGUCCGGUAAUAUCCAAAGAACAGACACUUGCAUACCACCUAAAAAUGCAGACAAGUAGUGUAUGGUCAUUUACAGGGCUCAUCUCGUGGAUCUGCUCAGAAAGGAAUUUAUUUUCAAGGCUGAAUUCUCUCCUUGUCUGGAAUAAGUCCAGUAGUAUUUGCUUUGUCUCAUAAGAUUACAUCCUGAAAUAUAGAUGUGCACUUGCACUGCUGGAAGUGUUUGUCUAUCUCUGCUUAAGUGGGGCAACCCACUUUUCCACCCCAAUACCACUCUUCAAAACCACAUCUGUUAACAAACACAACCUCAGUGUCUUCAACUCUCUGUACUGCCAAAAGUGUUGGAAGGAAUAUUGAAAAGCACCAAGCAAAGAAGAUUACUGAAACUUGAAUUAAGCGAAGGAAACAUGGUGAAAAAAAACACUUUGCUUGAAUGUAACCUGUUUACGGUUUAUACAGAUUUUGAUCCUAGACAUUUCAGUACAAGAGAAUGCUCUCAGAAAUGGACUUCUCAUUAAAAUGAAUGUAUUUGUUGUUUGACAUGUAUUUAACAGGUGGCAAGCAACUUUCUCUAGAACCUUUUGGCAUGGGGGAUUGCAACUCCUCUUUUCCAUAAAAAAAAAAAAAAAAAAACAAAAAAAAAAACAGGACUAUAUUUCACUCUUUGCUCGAUGCUAUUAUGUUUCUUAUGUAUGAAUCUUGACAUUUUUAUUCAAACUCAAUGAUUGUAUGACAGACGUUGUAUAUUUAACAGAUAAAUAUUAAAAUUUG